CCCCCCCUCCUUUGUUUUCUCUCAACUACCGGAGCCUGGAGUAGGGGUUUGCUGAAGGAAGGAGGUUGCUUGGAGGUGGGGGAAUUGUUGGGUGUCUCUGCUUUGUCCUGAGUGGGGAGCCCAGCCAUAGCUGGACACGGUGUGGGGAGGAGGUGAAGGAUAUCCAGCACCUUCAUCCCCCCACAGAGCCAGAACCUGGAGUUUUCCACACUGUUCCCAGCCAUGGCUCAGGAAGAAAAUAGUGGAAAAUGGAAUAGAGAGGUGAAUGGCAACGUGGAAGCCAGAACAGAGGAUUAUCUCGAAUCGCUUCUUACUGAGGCUUUUAAGGGGAAAGGAUUUCAGAAAAUAAGUGAAUUGGUUCAAGAGAGGGAAAUAGAGCCUCUCCAAAAAUACAGUGAAUCUCUCCUUGGCCAGCUUGACAAAACACUGAGAAAGGAGCUGGACAAGAAUGAAUUUCAGAACGUUUCACUUCUGCUGAAAUGCAUUCAGAUCUACUUUAAAACUGAUCUUCAGGAAGGGAAGAGUUUGUUUGUUGAGCAAGGAUUGGUGAAAAAGUUGGUAUCUUGGUUUGAAAGAGCAAGAGAUUUUGUGAUCCUUAUGGAUGUGAAUGAGAAUGCACCUUUAAUGCUACUUCUUGAAGACUUCUUUGACUCUGCAAUGGUCAUUUCCAGGUGCAGUAAUGAAGGCAAGAAAGAGCUGGUGAAUUUGUUUUUACCAGCACUAGGACAUACGGUGACAGAAGGAAAUAUUUGUUGUGCAGUGCAGCAGGAGGCUUUGAGGACCCUCAACUCUAUACUGGACAGUGUCCCACGGGAGGAAAGGAAGAAAUUCCCUUUGUCAGAGGAGAUGUGCUCACUCACGAAAGACCUUGCAAAAACUUUGCUGGAGGCUGGUGAUUACGACCUUCAAGUUGCCCUUUCGGAAGCACUUUGUAGGUUAAUGUCAAAAAAAUGGAGGGAUGACCUUGUUCACCACUGGUUCGAAGAUAGCUAUCUUGCUGAAGCUUUCAAAGAGAUCAAGGAUAGAGAAUUUGAGACGGACUGCAGAAAAUUUCUUAACCAGCUAAAUGAAAGGCUUGGGAGUGAAAGAAGAGUCUACUCAUUUCCUUGCUUAUCUGCUUUUGCUGACAUGGUUGAGGUGAAGAAGCCAUCAGAUGAGAAGCUGGAGGAGUUCUGGAUUGACUUCAAUGCUGGCAGCCAGAGUGUGACAUUCUAUGUGGACAGUAAUGAGGGAUCUCUCUGGGACUCUGUGAGACUGACAAAAGAAGCAAUCAGCAGUUACAGCAUGCAGGAGAGUAAUGGAAAAAAGAUUGUUAAAAUUUACAUGAAGAUUCCUGCUACCGUUAACAAAAUAGAAGCAACCAAAAUAAAAAUAUCUUUCAGUGCAGAGUUUGAACUCUUAAGUAUACUUAAAAAAGUCCUUGGAGAUGAAAAACUGAUGGUAAAUGUGGCUGAGGAGGACUCUGUCCAUGCUGGGAAGCAAGCCAGGCAGACUGAAACAGUGAUACCUGAGCACACCAUUUCACAAGCCAGCAAAGAUCCUUCAACCUCUGAAAGCAUGGGCCCUCUGUCAGACACCUUAGUCUCUCAGCAUGACCAACAGUUAACAGGCACUGUACCAAGCCUGCAAACAGAUAUGGAAGAUGCUAACCAAGCUUCAGCCACCAAGUCCAGAACUCCAUCUCCAAUGUCAAAAGCUAAGCCUAGUAAGAACCCCCUAGAAGAAGAACCUGUGGAGGAAUCAACACGAAAGAAGGAUGUUACUUGGGAAAAAAGAAACAGAAAACAGAGUUCAGCCAAGCAGAGAGCUGAAGGCAGGAAGGGAGUCUAUGACUUUGAAAACUCAGACUCUUCAAGUCACGAAAAGGUUACUGAAGCCAAACAAAAGAUUCUUGGCCAGAAAAUCUCUUCACAAAAUCAGAGCAGGACUUCUGAAACAAGAAACAAGGAUGAGGAACCCAAGAAUCUCAAGAGAAGCCUGUGUCUUCAGUCUGAUUACAGGAGGCAUCUGUUCUCUGAAAGCAACAGUGAGAACACAAGCCCCAGUCAGAGUGAAAAAAGCUGGAUCCUUGACUUUCAGAGGCACUCCUUGCCAAAGUCUCUUGACUAUUCCCGAAAAAGACCAAGGGUGAGAAGUAAAUUAAAAGUGCUUCCAGUGUCUUCCGCAAGUAGCGGCAGUGACUACCAGACAGAGAAGCAGGAAGCAUCAAGGCGAAGAGAACGAAAGGAGAUGCUGAGGACAAAAAGCACAUCCAGCUCCAAGGCAGCUGAUUUACCUACCAUGAUUCUUGCUGAUGAAACCCCCUUGGAGCUCGAAGAGCAUACACUACCAGAAGAUAUGCCUGCCAAGAAGCUUCACAAUGCAUCUGGCAAACUGUCAAGAGAAAAACCAAGUGUUGAGUGGAACGACUCAGCUAUAUUAACCAGCACUGCCAUUAAAAAGCCUAAACUUUCCAGCUGGGAAACAACCAACUCAUUCUCUGACACUUACUAUGAACCAAGGAAACAUUUUGAUUCCGAAGGGAAGGAAGAGAAGAUCCAAACAGGUCAGGAAAUGGUUGAUAAUGUGGAUAAUGCAUUUUCUCCCAAGGCACUGUAUGAAGACUUCACUGGUCCAGGAGUGAUUACUGCAUUUGAAAACUUCACUGGUCAGCUAAAGAAAUUGUUCUGGCACCGGUACAAAAAGAUGAAGGCCAGUGCACAGAACACUCUGAGGACUUCAGAGAGGAAUGUGUCCACCCUGUUGAAUCAGAUACAUGAAUGCAGGCUGAGCAAACUGGAGACUUUCCACAAGAUGGUGGUUGAAGAGCUUUCUAGUCUUGAGAAGGAAACUCAAGUCUUGGCAAACAUGGAGAAGGAUGCAGUGGACUUCUGGAACAUGCAGCUUUUCAAACUGAAUUCUUUCUGUGACCUGCAAAAGCAAAGAAUUCAGUCUGUUGAUUCAGCCCUGGGCGAAACAGCCAAGACUUCUACUGACAGCAUCCAGAAUGCAAUGGUAUGUGCCGUGCAGGAGCAGCCCUCUGUGGAUGCACGAACACCCAGUGAAGAAGGAAGUGGAAAAUGAUGUGUUCGUUGUUCCUUCUGACUAGCAAAACCCUGGAUUCGUUAGAGCUCUUAACACCGGAGCACCUAUGCAGCACAGAGUCCUGUGAAGGGUGAUAACCUCUUUUAAAUAGAAAGAAAAACAAAUAAUGGAGGAAAGCAGUAGUGAUGCUAAGUGUUUUUUUUUUCUUUUCUUAAAAAAAAAAGAGUGGUUCAGUUUUGACUUCUGUGUUGAUAAGAAGUUCUCCUGCAAGAUGUGUCCAUUAAAUAGCAAAUAAAAAGAAUCACUUAAAUAGCA